CGUAUUAGAAGCUUCUUUUCAAGAAACGACCAAGCAAAGCCCCCACCGUCCCCCGUUUUUCUCUUUAGAAAAAUCUCUCUCAUUAUUUUCAUCAGGAAAGCCGAAAUCAUGUUGUUUUCUUCUUGUUCUUCCUUUUCUCUCUCUCUCUUAUAUCUUUUUGCUGUUUGAAAGACUGAAAAUUUCUAGAACCCAAUAUCCUUUUUCUUUGCUUUCAUCAGUUGUCCUCCCUUUAUAAGAAGUCACCUACAAGAAUUCACAAAAAAGAGAAAGAAAAAGAAGUGCUCUUUCUUUUCUCGUUCAGGAGCUCUGGUAAACAAAAUUAUGGUCGUGUUUAGAUUCCAAAAACCAGAGGGUUCCUUUUGUUAACUCAUGGAAACUGAUACCAGCAAACGCUGUGACAACCUCGUUCACUCUCGCUUGUUCCUCUCUGGGUUCUACUGCUGGGGUUGGGAAUUCUUGACUGCUCUUCUUCUCUUUAGUUGUUCCGUCUAAAAACAAUAUACCCCAAACAUCUUUAACGAGGUUUGAACUUGUCCUGCUUUUGUUUCUGAUCGUGUAAUAAUUAUAUUUCUUAGUUAGAUUUUCUUUCUUUUUACGUAUAUUGUGGGGAGGGUUUGGUGAACCAGAGAGAAAAAAAAAUAAAAAGAUCGAAAUGGCUCAAAGGUCUGUUCCGGCGCCCUUCUUGACCAAAACAUACCAACUGGUGGAUGAUCUGAUCACCGAUGAUGUGAUUUCAUGGAAUGAAAACGGCACAUCAUUUGUCGUUUGGAAAACUGCUGAUUUUGCUAGGGAUUUGCUUCCCAAGUAUUUCAAGCACAACAACUUUUCUAGCUUCGUGCGUCAGCUCAACACUUAUGGAUUUCGAAAGGUUGUUACGGACAAAUGGGAAUUCGCGAACGAGAACUUCAAGCGGGGCCAAAAAGAGCUGUUGUCAGAAAUCCGUCGUCGGAAGGCGGUGACAUCAUCGCCAGCUAAUACUUCGGCGAACGGGAAAACAUCUGGUGCUGGACCUUCCUCCCCAACUAACUCUGGAGAGGACCUAGGUUCCACUUCCACGUCAUCACCGGACUCGAAGAAUCCGGGACCGGUGGAAACGACUCAAUUAGCUGAUUUAUCAGACGAGAACGAGAAAUUGAAAAAGGAUAACGAGAUGUUGAGCUCGGAGCUGGCGCAGGCGAAGAAGCAAUGCGACGAACUGGUCGCGUUUUUAACUGAAAGCGUCAAGGUAGGCCCCGAUCAAAUCAAUCGCAUCAUGCGGCAAGGAAGCUGUGGGUCCACCCAUGAUGGCGACGAUCGUGGCCGUAGCUACGGUGUUGUUGAUCUUGACGAUCGCGAUGAUGAUGACGAAAAAGGCGGCGGAGAAGGUAACGGAAGUUUGAAACUGUUUGGGGUUUGGUUGAGAGGCGCGGAAAGGAAGAGGGCCCGCGAGGAGAAAAUCGUGCACUGUGGGCCACACGCUAAGGCGAUGAAGACUUUGGAUUUUCCCCACGUGCCCUUGGUGAUGAAGAGCAGCAAGGUUUGCAACUGACCAAUCAACAGUGGACACGAUAUCAAGAAGCCUACAUGCUGUUUGAUUGCAUAUAAUUAGGAAUAAGAAAUGUUUUAUUAUGUAAUUUUAGUAAGAAUAUACUAAGUAUUUUUAUGAUUUCUUUUUCAUUGUAUAAUUUAGUUGGGUCAAUAAGUCAGCAGUUAUGGCAGCCAAAGAUCAAAGGCAAAUGCGUCUUCGCCUUCCUCUCACUUUGAAUGUUACAAAAAUUACGCAUUUGUAGAGCGUUUCCUUUGAAGGUUAGAUUGUUGUUUUUUUUUAAUUAUUAUUAUUAUUAUUUAUUUUAAGGUUUAAUUUUUUGGCA